AUGGUGUUCACUCAAACUGUUGAUUUCACGUGGAACGGCGAGCAUCGGGACGACCUGACAGAAAACCAAAAACCUGUCGAAUUCGCUGUAAAAUACGACUGCGUAACACAGGAGUUCAUCGUGAAGGUUCGAGCUCCGUUUUUCAACGAUUGUCGUAUUCCUCCUUCUAAAGGGGAAACUGGUUAUGGCACUUACGAGCUGUGGAAUUAUGAAGUUGCUGAAAUAUUCAUCCAGGGAAAAGAUUCGCAUUAUACUGAGAUUGAACUUUCCCCAUUCGGGAACUUCCUAAUUCUGACAUUCGAAGCCCCGCGUAAAGCGACCAACGAUGAUGUCUGCUUGUCUGUGCCUCCUUCAACUGACAUCGUUGAUGGUCAUUGGAUGUCGACUCUGCGACUACCUAAGAAGUUUCUCGCGGCUCCAAGGGAAAAUUCCAAGUCUAUGUUUUCAUUCAACUGUUACCACAUUCAUGGUGAGGAGGAGGAGAGGAAAUACUUUGCGGCGUUUCCUGAUGACACUGGGGAUGAGGUCACGCCUGAUUUUCAUAGACUCCAGUACUUCAAGGACCUUCCCGAUGAUGCUGUUUUCGGCGCUGAAGGCAUCAAGCAAUUGCGUGCUUAA